AUUGUUGCAUCACGCGCCGUCAAUUUCCACUGCCAUCUCUUUGAGUCUCAUCUCACAGGCUCACCUAUCGACUUAGAUUGCUGUCUGGCAUAAAAUCUUCGAGCUUCUCUUUGCUCUCUUUCUCACUUUAACAUCACACAGACUUUAUUGAAUCAUUAGUCUCCUGGUCCCACAGCAGUGAGGUUUCUCCUACGUCCUGGUUUCCGAGUGCAAGAGUCCUCCGCCUUCCUCGACCAUUUCAUUUUCCUGCACCAAAUUUCACUGCAGCACUCAUAUCCAAAAGAACCUUGAUCAAGGUCGCUUCAUACAAUGGCCAUUCUCGAGCACGUCGAAGUAAGGAUUAAGCUAACAAGCAAUGACACGUACCUUCCUGAAUACGACACACCAAACGAGCACUUCAAGUCUUCGGAAACGACGGUUGAGAAGUACAUUGAGGCGCAAACGGACGCAAAGUUUGAGGUUGAGAUUAGGAUAGAUCCAAAAUUCAGGUGGCAUGGUGCGAAGGCGCUCCGGAUCAUAUUGAGAUUAGACGGUGGUUCUCUUCUUAGCCACUCCUGGUAUCAUGACAAGAAGAGUCUUGGAGAGUUGCCUUUUGUUCGGGUAAUAAAUAAAAUGAAAUUCAGACAGCCCAACGGGUUUUCAAAAACAAACUUUAGUUUCAGUUCGAUUGCAAUCGAUGAAAGCUUGGAUAUUGGUUCAGCUGAGCUGGCUAAAACGGCUGCGAAAAUGGGAUUGAUCCAAGUCCAAAUUAUACGCCUGAAGGAACUGCAUUAUCUUGGACGCGCCGAGCUUGGGGCGCCAAAAAAAGGUUCUGCUUUGACAAAGGGCCCAAAGGAAUUGCUAAAGGAUGCACAUAUUUCUCAUUCAGUGAAGCUUUGCAACGAGGUUCCCUCCACUCCGUUUGGGGAAUGGAUACACAGUCCGCUAUCGAAUAUUCAUGGCAAGCCGCUGACAUUCAAUUUCCGUUACCGCUCAAGAUUCUGCCUAGACGUGCUAGGAAUCCUGAAGAUGACUCCCCCGCCAGAAAUUCCACAAGAGCCGGAAGAUCGCCCUACAAUUGAAAACAGUACCCAAGCUCCCAUGACCCAAGAGGAGAUGCAAGCCGCACUUACAAGGCUCCAGGCUGAAAACGAAGUCCUGCGGAAACAAGUUAAGAAGGAAGAAACCGAAAUCAAAGCCGAGCCAUAUAAUCGCAGACUCCCCGAAAUCCAACCUGCAGAAGGUGGACCUAUGAGAAAACGGCGCAAGGUAGUUGACUUGACAGAGGACGAGUAAAGGCCUUUUCCUAUGAAAGGUACGCUAUGAGAGAGACCUCAUGGUAUUGCACUUUCCUUUUUCUCGGCAACAUUCUUCGAUGCAGAAAUCAGUCCACGGCAAAAGUUAUUUAAACAACAAAAAAGAAAAAAGAAAGGAAAGUAGGCUAUGAAGCAAAACUCUUCGAACCUCAAUAGCUUUACGUUAUCUGAAAAUGCCAGUUCAUGAUCCAAGACAGCAAGUAACAUGUCAACUGGCUCUCAAUCUCUCUAGCGUUUCUCUCUAUCAUGUACCUAAUCCAAAAAAUGACUUACUUCUCCAU